CAGUAUCUUCCUAUCUGCAGCCGUUAGCGCCGCUAACACUAGCAUUGUUGUAGUAGCAUUUAAACUAUGUAGCAUAGUUUAAAGCUUCCGAGCUGCCGUCACCUUAGAAAUAAACAGCAGGGUGAAGUAAAGUGAAACGCCCACUUUUAGAUUGAUGAUGUGCCACAGUGCCACCCGUGAACGCGCAGGAGAAACCUGGGUUAACUUAGCAAGUUAACAACCAGCCUAGUGUGGUCGGUUAUCCUGAUCAGCGGUGUUAGGUUCCUUUAAACCUCAGCUUUCAGCAUGCAGAGGGGUUUCCAGGCAGGCCUCCUGCUCCUGCUUGUCCAGCUGUUCCAGGAGGGUCCGGGAAACAUCCCAGCCAUCACCCUGGCUGUCCUGGGAUUCAAUGUGUACCUGUACGUGUUUCCUCCUGCUCCACCACUGAAGGCUUGCAUGAGCCUUGAUCAGGUGUACCGAAAUAAAGAGUGGCGACGCCUCUUCCUGUCCCCCCUGCAUCACAUCGAUGAUUGGCACCUUUACUUCAACAUGGCGUCCUUCCUGUGGAAAGGCAUCAGGCUGGAGCGACGUCUGGGUGGACCUUGGUUCCUGUACCUGCUGUCAGUCUUCUUUCUGCUCACUGGAUUGGUGUACCUGCUGCUGCAGGCGCUGAUGAUUAAGCUCAUGGAGGGCACGGAUUCUUCUGAUCCAUUAUUGGAAUAUGUGCAGGCUUUCAGCAGAGAGUGUGCUGUCGGCUUCUCAGGGGUCUUGUUUGCUCUGAAGAUCGUCAAUAACCACUUCAACCCCGGUGGUGUGACGUACGUUAUGAAUAUUCGGGUGUCCAAUCAGUUUGCUAGCUGGGUGGAGCUGGUGCUCAUCUAUCUAAUCGCUCCUGGGACCUCUCUGGUUGGCCACCUGGCAGGUGUCCUGGUGGGUCAGCUCUACACUGUGGGUCCACUGAAGACCAUCAUGGAGGCAUGUGCAGAUAUGAUAUCUUCAGAUGGAGUUACUUCACGCCAGCGUUCAUACUACAGCUUUUCAGGAUACAGCGGGACCAGACGAGAAUACUUUGAAGAGCCUCGACCUGCGGAGGAUCACACGUCUGAUUAUUCUGAGAGCUACAUCUCAGGACUGACGGAGGAGGAGCAGAUAGAGCUGGCCAUCAGAAACAGUCUGAAACAUCGAGGACAAACCAGGCGAAGAGAAACUGAACAUCACCCAGGAGACUCUUGAGGAUCUCAGGAGGAGGCGGCUGAGGAGGUUUGAGCAGGAAGUUACCAACCAGAGAAGAAGAUUGUAAUGACGGAUUUUUAUUUUCCAUUUUUGUUUUUUUUCUCAUUUUCACUGGUUUAACUGGGAAGAUGCCUCCCAUCACUCUCCCUUGUUGCUGCGGGUCACAUAAGAGGAUUGAAUCCAGUCUGAUGUCUCAUGAAGGUGCGGCCUGCAGCGGUCUUCGAACAAAGACUCCCUCCUAGUUUGGACUUCUUGUAUUACUUGGUGACUUUGUUUUCUAUUGCAUGUCACCUUUGCUUUUACUUCCUGUCUUUAUUUUCCUGCUGUCUGGUUUUCUGCCAGCAUAUCGGUUUUAUCUGUGGUUAAUUGUUUCCACUUGUGUCUCGUUAUUCAGUCUCUUCUGUGUAUAUUUAGUGUUUUUGCUCCUUGUGUGCCACUGGCUUUUCCCUUUUUGAAUUUCACUGUGGGUUUUGCCAUUGGUGGUUUUUCAUUACUCUGCCAGCUGCUGCAGCUUAGACCUGGAUCCUCUCCACCAUGUUUAGGCUACUCAGCGUCAUUCAUGUAGACCUGCACAUCUGAACCCAGUGAGCACAGACCUGGUUCACCAUCACUUUAAUAUGUGCCUCAAAUUCUGUGUAUGUGGAACGCUCCUUUGUUGCCUUCGGUAAGCCAUUCCAACAUUUAGCUCCUGUAUUGACUAAAUGUUGUGCACCUACAGACUGCCCCACACUCCCCCUAGCGGUGGCCCUUGUGCAACUUCACAAUCUGACUUUUGAUUAAUAAAUUCCUUUAAAGGAUGUGGAGCAAGUCUAUGUAGAUCCUUAUAAAUAAAACAGGCAUACUUAUUUUUUUUUUUAAAUUAUGAAAACUCAGAAACAUGUUUUUCCAGAAUUUUUCAGGGAUAAAAUAGCAAUGAGUUUUUAUCAAAAAGUUUAAGUUUUUUUUGUAAUUUCAACUAUUUAUAACCACAUAGUGAAACAAUACUCAAUAUAUGAUAAAAGUCUUGAACUGUAGACACAUCCUCUCUGCAUUGAUGGUCUGGAACAGUCUGAUUUGCUUGAAACUCUGAAGGUUAAAUUUUACAAGCCGGAUAACUUUUUAGAAUCAUGUUUAGAUGUUAAAGUCGGGUCCAAAGUGAGCACAGCAUAUUUAUACUAAUUUACAGCAUCAAGCUCCUCCCCUUGAAUCCUUGACUCCUCUCCUUGCCUCCUCUGAUUUUGUAUUAGUCCCUCCCACCAGAGAUGAGGAGGAGAGGGGAAACAUCCAUCCAAAGGUGUCCUUUCUUAAACCGAUCUCAGUAAAAUUUGACAUUUGAUACACUUCAUCAUAGUUUUGUUAACGGGUUUACGAUCUCAGGUGUGACACUGCAAUGUGUCAUAUUUAGGAACCCUUUUAAUUUAAGGAUAUCACACAUUUUCUUGAAUUACACACACAGAAAUUGUGGAGGGUAGAAAAUGUAAUAAUCUUAACUGAAACAUCAUCAUAACAGAUAAAAAGCACUCCCUGUGUGCAGGGCCUCUUUUAUAAAAAAAAAAAGAAGAAGACAUUAUCAGGAAAGACUCACCUGUGCACCUCUGAUUAUCACUCCUCCUGCAGCUUCACGAUACAUGUUAGGAUUUGAGACAGCCUUCAGUAUGGCUCAGUGAAACACAAUGUGUUUAAAGAGGUAAAUGCUGAAAUGUAAAAUCACUCUUUUCUUUUGCAUUUGCACUUUUAUUUAUCUUUUUUUACAUGAACUUCUGUAUUGUGUGUUUUUACAUGUACCAUAUGUGUUAUAUAAGAAGCAAAACUCAAUAAAUAACUGGUUAAAAAUACA